AGUUGUUGCAGCUCUACAUACCACAGCGUCCUGCUCGCAGAACAGGUCCUCGGAGUCGUCACAACCCACCGCUUGUCAUGUCACUCCGCUCAACUGCUUUCAAGCUCACUAGACUCACCGCUCGUCAGGUCCCUCGCCGAACAAUUCCAAGUCGGCCAUUGACCAACUCGUCAUCCUCUUUCAGCGUCAAUGCUGCAGCUACGGUAGCGGUCGGAGCUGCUGCAUUGCUUACCAUCGCAUACACCUCCCGCACUGUACUUCUGGAAGACAAAGACAAGGGAUUGUCGUCACGGGUCGAUCAUCUGCCAGGGACCAAACAACCUGGUGGUCAGAAGCUCAUCAGCUUUCAAGAAGUCGCAAAGCACACGUCAAGUGAUGAUUGCUGGGUCAUCAUAGAGGGCAAAAUAUACAACGUCACUGACUUCCUCGAACAACACCCAGGCGGUGCAGGCGUUAUCCUCCAAAAUGCAGGGAAAGAUGCGACGAAGAUCUUUCAACCAUUGCACCCACCCGACGCGUUAGACCAACUCGAUCCGUCCGCUUACCUUGGACCGGUGGAUCCGACCACAGUGCCUAAGCCAGAGAAGACUGAGCCGACAGAGGAGGAGAAGCGGAUAGAAGAGGCAAGGAAGAAGCUACCACCGGCAGAGUCUAUGCUUCUCAUCGAUGACUUUGAGCGAUGGGCAGAAAAGGUCAUGAGCACGACGGCCUGGGCGUAUUAUAAGAGUGCAGCGGAUCGUGAAAUAACUGCUGAGGAGAACGUCGAUGCGUUCAGGCGAUACUUCUUCCGUCCGCGCAUCUUGUCAGGCGUCGGAGCAGGAUCCACAGAAGCCACGUUCAUGGGCCUCAAGUCGACCAUUCCCAUCUUCAUUUCUCCCGCUGCCAUGGCCAAGUUGGGUCAUCCAUUAGGCGAAGUCAAUUUGACUAAAGGCGCAGGAGAGUGCGGAAUCAUUCAGGGAAUCUCCAUCAAUGCCAGUUGUGGUUUGGACGAGAUAAUGAAUGCCAGGAAAGACGGACAGAAGGUCAUGUUUCAGAUCUACCUCAAUAAGGAUCGUAAAGCUUCAGAAGCCCUAUUGAAAAAGGUGACGGAUCUCGGAGCGUCCGCUAUCAUCUUCACGGUCGAUGCGGCGUGGCCGUCUAAACGGACCAUGGACGACAGGGCAAAGAAAGCCCAGCUCGAUGUGCCUGCUGGUAAUGCCUCGUCUGGUUCGUCGAAAGCGCCGUUAGGCGUCAGUAAAGCCAUCAGUGGCUACCAGGAUCGAGAUCUUACGUGGAGCGACAUCCCUUUUAUCAAGAAACACACGAAUCUCCCCAUCAUCGUCAAGGGAGUCCAGUGCGUGGAGGAUGUUGAGGAAUGCGUCAAGGCCGGCGUCCAGGGAGUCAUCAUUUCCAAUCACGGUGGUCGACAAUGUGACUAUGCCCCCGCACCUAUUGACGUCCUGUAUGAGCUGAGGGCGAACCGCCCUGACUUGUUUGACAAAAUUGAAGUCAUGAUGGACGGAGGUGUCAGAUCAGGAGCAGACGUUGUAAAAGCCUUGGCACUGGGUGCCAAAGCCGUCGGAUUGGGCAGGCCGUUCUUGUAUGCCAAUGGCACACAUGGACAAGAAGGAGUCGAGAGGGUUUGCGAGAUUCUCGAGGAGGAGAUCACCAAUACGAUGCGGAAUUGCGGUGCAAAGACCAUUGCGGAUCUGAAACCUGAAAUGGUUGGGCCUGCAGGACCAUGGGUCAAGGGGAACAUGUCACCGUGGCGAGAGGCAAAGUUGUAACGAUAGAGCAUGCGUCGGGUCGCUUUGAACCAAAUACCAGGAGCCGAGACCGUUGCCGCAACGCAUG